CACAUCUUCUUCUUUCAAUUCCAUACGAUACACGUGCGGCAAAAAUUGUUUGUUGAUUUAAACAUCUUAACAUAAAUUAAACCUUAAAGAUGGGCAAGAAGGACAAGAACAAGAAGAAGGGUAAAGGAGCCGAGAAGACAGCCAUGAAAACGGAUAAAAAGCAAGCGGCACGGCAAAAGAAAAUGCUUGAAAAACUUGGAGAAGCAAAUAUAGCUGAUAUCAUUCAAUUGCUGGAGGCCAAGGAGGGAAAGAUUGAAACCAUUAGCGAAUCCGUGUGUUCUCCACCGACUCCCCGAUCCAAUUUCACAUUGGUUUCUCAUCCAGAAAAGGAGGAGCUCAUUUUGUUUGGCGGAGAACUUUACACGGGAACCAAGACCACAGUUUAUAACGAUUUAUAUUUUUACAAUAUAAAAACUGGUGAAUGGAGGGAACUGAGGUCGCCUUCAGGACCCACACCAAGAAGUGGGCACCAAAUGGUGGCUGUGGCCAGUAAUGGAGGAGAACUUUGGAUGUUUGGAGGAGAGCAUGCUAGUCCCUCUCAGCUGCAGUUCCAUCACUACAAGGACUUAUGGAAAUUCUCCCUAAAGUCCCGCAAAUGGGAAAAGCUAACUGCCCCUAAUGGACCAAGUCCGAGGAGUGGCCAUCGAAUGACAGUCUCUAAGAAGCGGCUUUUCAUCUUUGGCGGCUUUCAUGAUAAUAACCAGUCGUAUCACUACUUCAACGAUCUUCACAUCUUCUCGCUGGAAUCUUAUCAGUGGCUUAAAACUGAGAUUGGGGGAACUAUAGUCCCAUCUCCUCGAUCUGGGUGCUGUAUAGCAGCAUCUCCGGAAGGCAAGAUCUAUGUUUGGGGUGGUUACUCAAGGGCCUCUAUGAAAAAGGAAGCGGAUCGUGGAGUGACUCAUUCAGAUAUGUUUGUCUUGAGUCAAGAUAAAAACUCUAGCGACGCUGAUAAUAAAUACAAAUGGGCACCCGUGAAGCCCGGAGGAUAUAAGCCCAAACCACGUAGCAGUGUUGGUUUCACUGUAGCAGCGAAUGGCAAGGCAUACACAUUUGGUGGCGUUAUGGACGUCGAUGAAGACGACGAAGAUGUACAUGGACAGUUUGGCGACGAUCUCCUGGCUUUUGAUUUAACCUCUCAAACGUGGAGAUUACAGGAGAUUCAAACGAAAAGUAGUCCCGCUGAGAAAAAGGAAUCGGACGAGUGCAAGGAUGUUGAGAUGUCCGCUCCUGAUAAGCCAGUAACCACUACCACAGAUGGCAUUUUCACAGUUACCGUUGGCGGACCCAACACGAGUUCCAAUUACGUGUCCAAAAUACCAAGUCUUUUUGGCAAACCCAAGCCAACUAACGUACCAUCUCCGCGCAUGAAUCCCGGCCUCUGCGUAUGCAAAGGAACACUAUACAUAUUCGGUGGACUCUUUGAAGAGGACGCUAAGCAAUUGACCUAUAACGAUUUCUACUCCUUGGAUUUGCACAAACUUGAAUGGAAGGUGAUAAUCCCCAAUAACUUAAAGGCCCACGAUUGGGAGGACAGCGACAGCAGCAGCAGCGAUGAGGAAUGCAGCAGCGGUGAAGAGGAAAGCUCCAACAGCUCUGAUAUGGAUACGGAUUAGUACUUUCAAAUGACUAUAUAUUAAAUUUGUUUAACAAUCGUACACAUAUAUCAAAAUGGAAUAUUUUAAAGUAA